AUGGCCAAUUUAUUGUAUUGGCGGUUCUCGCGACCCCUAUACACCUAUUUGUCCAUCAGGUACGCUGGCCAUCGCCCAUUGGCUCCGAUGAUCCGACACUUUCAUGACGACGACUCCGUGCCCAAGGACACCAAGAAGCAUAUGCCGCGGCCGCGAGUAGCGAACAAGGAUGAAACAAUUUCCACUGAAAGCCGAAAACUCGUUGAUUCCAAGCCCAAACAGAAGAUGGCAACCGGAACUGUAGUCAAGCUAUCCAUCGAACAGGAAAUAAAGGCACUGAGCAACGUUGUUGGCAGCAAGCAGAAUAGCAAGGAUACAAUCAGUAUUCAGAGCCACAUUCGUUCGAAUACAACGCCCAAAUCGACGAACCCUAAAACUUCAUCGAAAUCCAGCCAAACGGUUGGGGAUCAAUCCAAAGACAAAGCUGACAAGCUUGAAUCGAAUGCGAGUGCCGUGGAAACUAGGGUUAGGGCAUUUGUUGAUUCAAUUGAGAGAAAGAAAGCUUCCAAUCCAAAACCUCUUCAGAGCCAGACAGAUGCAGAUAAAGACGCCUCAAAGACUACGGAAAAGCCAGUUAAAUCCUCCCCAAGUCCCGUACAGUCAACAAGCAGCUCCAAUAAAAUCGGAGUGACCAAGCUAACAGAUAAAUCCUGCCAAGCUUCGCAGACCGAAUCGCCACAAGUUCCAAAUAAAGAGGCUACUUGGUCCUCAUCCCAGUCGGAAGUCGGUAGCCCCAAACUAUUUGACGGACAGCAAGAAACGUCUCAAACGAAGAUGUCGCAAAAACGUUCAGAAUCUGAAAGGAAUUUAGCUGAGAAGAAUGUGGGCAGAUUAUCUAAGAUUGAGCCCCAAAUGCCAUGGGAGGGAAUGUUUGGAGAGCAUUUCAAGUCCAGAGCUAAAAUCCCCGUCGAAGUUGAAACGAAGGCAGUUGGUUCUCAUGAGGGAAAGCCUCAGUCGUUGGUCGUGGUUAACACUAAGCAAAAUAGUCAAGAUAAAAAUAAUUCAAAUGAUAAGUUAUCUCAAGUCGAAGCGAAAGCAGAGACUGCGAAAACUAAAAUCGAAUCUGCAGGCGAAGCCAAAAGUAUGUCCGAUAGAAAUAUCCAGAAAAGUGUUGGCAAGACGAAACCAGAGCAAGAUCAAUAUCUAGCCAAGGGCAAUCCACCUAAAAAGGAAGCUCCGAGCAGCGAAAUCACAAACAAAACGAUACUGAAUCCAUGGAAAACGGAAACCUCCAGCAGCUAUAAAAUAGACAAAUCGGAAUCGAAUCAAGCUCAAAAAGAAGAUGACCCGAAAAGCAAAAGCGCCGACAAAACGGGAACUGUGGAAGGCAACUCGGCAUCCAAAUCUGCGGUUCCCCAAAAAGACAAGCCUAAUAGCCCCUCCAAAAUGGAGGACAAGUUUUUCAAGCCCCUUCAUAGUCAGACAGCAAUCAAAACUGCUGUAAUUAAAGAGGACGAUGCAUUAAAGGACGUACUUAAGUGUUCGAAUAAACAUGAAGAAUGGAUUGCUAAAAUUCUCGCACCUCCAAAAAGAGCUUAUGAAGCCCCAAAGAUCAAAUCGAAUACCAGCUAUAAAAUUGAGGAUGACUUUGCUAAAGCUAAACCCCAUCAGAACAAGUCGAACAACAAAACGGACGAAGCUUCACAGGACAAAUCCAAAAUCCAAUCGGAAAACAAACCCACAGCAACUGAAACUGAGAAGGCCUCCAAAGAUAGCCCUAGCAGUAAAUUUAAAGCCGACGAUGGAUUUUCCCAAGCUAAACCCUGUCAGAAGCAGUCGGACAACAAAUCUGCAGCAAACAAACCUGAUGAAGCCUCAAAGACGAAAUCUAAAUUCGACGAGACAUCGAAAAAUAAAUCCAAUCCCACCUAUAAUGUUAAGGGCUGGCAUUCUAAGCACUCGCAGAACCAGUUGAUCAAGAAAUCCGCUGCAAUUAAACCUGAUGAAGCCUCAAAAGUCAAAUCCAAGAGCUUCAACAAAGAUGGAGGCAGGUUUCACAAAUCCAAGCCCUCCCAGAGUCUGUCUGAGAAUAAACCCUCGGCAGACAAAUCGGAUAAGACCCCCAAGAACAAAUCGAAUAGUAUUUAUAAAGUCACAGAUUUGUCUUCCAAAGUAGCUCAGAACCCGUCAACCAACAAAGUGGAUGAGGCCUCCUCCAUUAAGGACCUCUCUAGCCCUAAAAAACCCGGCAACGAUUUGCUGGAGUCGUUCAGUGCCGUUAGAUCUUCGUCGAUUUCCGAUAGAAAAUUCUCGGUUGACCCGAUCAAGGCUGAAAAACCCGAGUUGGUCUCAGCGGAUACUGUGGCGGAAAAAGCCUCAAAGACUCGAUCAAAGUCGGCCUUAAUUCAAGAUAAUCAAAAGCCCGCAUCCUAUGACAGGAAAGCAGAAAUUCAGCAGGCUGGGAGGCCGCAGGAUGGACUGAAAUCUGUGAAAUCUGCGCCGGAAACGACGUCAACUGCGUUUGGUUCUGGUCAAAAGGGGAAUAAGGGCACGAUUGCUUCGCUGUUGGAAGCUGUUCGCAAACUGCCAAUUAGGCAAGAAAAGGCGGGCAAAAGCCGUCAAGAAGAGGUCCUAGCUAGACUAAAGGAAAAGAUUAAGGAUGAGGAAAAAAAAGCGGAGAUCCUUGAAAUACUGGCUGAAGAGCUGCGCUCCAGACGUGAAGCCGCCACCAACCCAAACAUAGAUAAUAAAAUGAAUCCAACGCAAAGUGGAGAUGCGCCUUCUACAACCUCUAAGAAUCAGCCUGGCUCCGAUCGUGAGGCUACGGCGGCUAUUGCAGCAGCAAUUGUUAAGAGUUUAACGGAGAGUUCUGCAACCUCCGAGGCGAGUGAUACGAUUGUGGAUAAGAGUAUGCCAAUAGUAUCGCUUCAGGAGCUUGGGUCUUCUUGUCAUUUAACGUCCUCAUCGUUGGGCAAUUCGAAUGAAGGCAAGACAUCUUACGGCAAAGCCGAGUUCCUUGGCACUGACCAGAUUGGUGCCAAGUGUGUGACGAAUGUAGACAAGGUAGGGCCCGAUUCGAAGAAAAUCGUUAGAAAAUCCCGCACCGAUCCUAUUUUUGAUAAAGUUAAGGAUGAUAAAAAUUCUAAUGUGAAAGGCAAGACGUUGACUAAAAAGACAAAUAAAAUCAAGGCCGUAGAUAUGACACCCGGUCACCUUUACAAUUCCACAACCGAGGGUGAGAAUCACGACUUCUCAAAAAAGAUGAAUGCGGAAGACGAUGAUGAAACGUUAAGACUUAAGGCCGAACAAUUUUUAAAGGAAAGCGAAGCAAGACAUAUUCUAGAGAAAACUAAGCAUAUAAAUAUCGAAAAACUAGAUGUCGAUAAGCUAGGUUUCGAUAAACUAGGUGUCGAUAAACUAGAUGUCGAUAAGCGAGAUGUCGAUAAGCGAGAUAUCGCUAAAUUAGAUGCCGCUAAAUUAGAUGUCGAUAAGCGAGAUGUCGCUAAACUGGAUGUCGAUAAGCGAGAUGCCGCUAUAUUAGAUGCCGCUAAAUUAGAUGCCGCUAAGCCAGAUCUCGCUAAUUUAGAUGUCAAUGAACUAGAUGUCUCUGGCCAACAAACACCAAAGCCAAAGUUGACGAUCUCCCAAUAUCUCUAUGAAAUGUUUAUGGGCAAACGGAAAAACAAUAAUGAAAGCGGUCGCAGAAACAUCACCACCUACUCCGCGGUUCAUAGCCGAAACUCAUGGCUAGAUAAUCGUAGCAAAAAAUCUUUAAGACCAACUGUUAGUAAAAAGACAGAAGAAACUUUUAUUUCGCCGGAUCUGGCAAAACGGCAGCUAGGUAAAGAAGCCAUACUUAAGGAGCGAAGAAGUAAAUCCCAUGAGUAUAGAGAUGGUGAAAAUGACAAGGACUCACGUCAGCGUUUCGAUGACGUGUCUUGUUCAAGGCAGCUGAUCCUGCCCCACUCAGUCUGCAUGCCUGGCAUAUCAGACCAGAAACAGACACUGGACCCAACCCUAAAUGAUUGUGUCAUUUUAAGUGCGCCAAUAACAAAAUCAGUGGAGAAUUUGGUUAAUUUUACCGAUGACACAAAUAGUACAAAAAUUCUUGGUGGCACUCCGUACAAAUGCGUGGACAAAAGCCUGCGAGCAAAGCUCAAAAACAAAAAGGAUGAAAGCGAAAUUGUGAUCAAAGGUGGAUCCAAAAAAUGCUCGGAGAAAUUGAAAGAAGAGAAUGAAACCGACGACGACGGGGAAUGUGGCAAGCGGAGCUUCAGCGCAUUGGCUCGACAAUUAUUUCAAAACUUAGUAUUAUUUAUUUCCAGAACCGAAAGGAAACACUAAGAUAACGAAUUUAAAACUGCUCAACAAUUGGAAUCAGGCCUGGAAGAGUUCAAUACGCUAAGCAAUACAUAACUUUGUGGGACAAAUUUCACGUUUAUCAAAUUUUAGAUAUUUGUGAAGAAAAAUAAAAAGUAUAAAGUUAAAUCCA